CAAAAAGUGACUGAAAAAGCCCUCAGGUGUUCAGCAUGGAUUCAAUCUAUCAGAAUUCUACUUAUAUAAAAACAAUAACUACAUCCAGUAGCAAAUGCUCACAACCCAAAGGUCAGGUUAAGGGGACUCAAUCUAGGUGGAGUAAAGUUCUUCUGUUGGUUCUUUGCGUCUCUGUUGUUCUUGCUGUUGGUGGUCUCUGUGUUUUGGGCAUCCUGUACAAUAAUAACCUUGCAGAUUUUGAAUCAUUGAACGAACAGCAUGACACAGUUUUAAUGCAACUGUCUGCACAAGAGAUUAACAGCACAAAUUAUAAAAAACAAUCGGAAGAACUCAGUAUCCAGCAUGAGGAGACACUUAGGAAACUGAACAGAUUAAAUGAGAGCACAGGUUGUGCACUUUGUGCUGUUGACUGGAUUCAUUCUGGAGGAAAAUGUUAUUACUUUUCUAGAGUCAUGAUGAACUGGACCCAGAGUCGAGAUCACUGUGUGACAUUAGGAGGACAUCUGGUGAUCAUAAACAGCGAAGCAGAGCAGGAUUUUCUGACCUCUAAAGUUAAAGAGACCCACUGGAUUGGACUUAAUGAUAUGGAGACUGAGGGACGUUGGGUUUGGGUCAAUAACCAGCCAUUAAAUGAUUCAAUGGAAUUUUGGAUAAAACGAUCGAAUGGUGACAGAGAACCGGAUAACUGGACUAGAGGUCAUCCAGGAGGGGAGGACUGUGCUGGUCUGGGACAUAUAGCUGGAGACACUGAUUUCUGGAGUGAUGGUUACUGCUUUGAUAAGAAAAGAUUUGUGUGUGAAGCUCCUGCCUCGGUUUAGUUAAUUUAGAGUCAAAUCUCUCAAGAAAUUAUUUAAGAUUGUUUGUGGCUGAAAACACAAAGGUUAAUGCCUAGAUUUUUUGCUGAAUACCCCACAAAUAUCAGUAUUACUUACUAACAUCAAUUGAACUAAAUGAUUUUAAAUACAUUGGGGCGGUUUCCCGGACAGGGAUUAGCUUAAUCCAGGACUAGGCCUUAGUUUAAUUAGAAAAUAUAACUAGUUUUAACAAACAUUACUUCCUUAAAACAUUACCUGUGUGCAUUUUGAGGCAAAACAAAGGGCAUUUUUUCAGUCUGUUUCAGUCUGGACUUAUUCUAGGACUUGUCUAAUCCCUGUCCGGGAAACAACCCCUUAAUGGUAUUUUGAAAAAGCUAAGAAAUGUUAAGCUCUUCAAAAAAACACUUCUGAUUUGUACUAAACUGUACACUCAUGUUAUUAGUUAACUGUAAAACAUUAUGAAGAUACUCAAUGAACCUGUAACUUAUAUCACAAUGUAUACAAGCCUUUAAUCCUAUAAAGGGUUUCUGCUGUGUGCUUUCUAAAUAUAUAAGAGAGAUCUAUUUUCCAAAUUAGAUUUUGCAAUCAAAUGCUCCUCGUUUUCUGUUUACACUUCUGGCCCUUGGGGUCUAUAAGACACCAAAAUUGA